AUGAAGUACUUUUCAACGAGAGGAGAUCCUGAAGAGCUCACCUUUGAAGAGACGGUCAUUCGUGGGCUGGCUCCGGAUGGUGGCCUGUACAUCCCCAACGAGAUACCCUCAUUACCAUCAAACUGGGAAGAAGCCUGGGCGGAUUACUCCUUUCAGGAACUUUCCUUUGCGGUCCUAUCCCUUUACAUCCCUGCCGACGAGAUUCCAUCAGAUGCUUUAAAGGAACUCAUCAACAAGUCCUAUUCGACUUUCCGUGAUUCCCAAGUCACACCUCUCCAUCAGAUCAGCAACAAAUUGCACAUCCUUGAGCUUUUCCAUGGGCCGACGUUUGCCUUCAAGGAUGUCGCGCUCCAAUUUCUCGGCAAUCUCUUCGAGUUUUUCCUCCUACGACGAAACUCGGAGGUAAAACGUGGUAUUAGUGCCGAAAAGGAGCGAAUUACUGUCCUGGGGGCCACCUCUGGAGACACUGGGUCCGCCGCCAUUUACGGCCUACGCAGCAAGGCCAAUCUCUCCAUUAUCAUUCUACAUCCCUACGGCCGCGUUUCUCCCAUUCAAGAGGCACAGAUGACAACCGUGACGGACGCGAACGUCCACAAUCUUGCCGUUCAUGGCACGUUUGAUGAUUGCCAGGACAUUGUCAAGACGUGUUUCGGGGACAAGACCUUCAACUCGAAAUGGAAGCUCGGAGCCAUUAACAGUAUCAACUGGGCGCGUAUCCUCGCUCAGAUAGUGUACUACUUUUCCGCCUAUUUCCAAGCGAAGAGGGCUGGCCUCUUAGAAGGAGGAAAGAGAAUCCAAUUUGUCGUCCCGACUGGAAACUUUGGAGACGUACUCGCUGGGUACUUUGCAAAGCGCAUGGGUUUGCCCAUGGCCAAGCUAGGCAUUGCGACCAACGCAAACGACAUUCUCGCCAGGUUCUGGAACAGUGGCAAGUAUGAGAAAGGCGAGCACGGUGUACUCGAGACGUGUAGUCCUGCGAUGGAUAUUCUCAUUUCGAGCAACUUUGAGCGUUUGCUAUGGUACCUUGCUAGCGAACAAGAGGGAGGAAGCAAGAACCGUGACGGAGCUUGCGGAACAAUUAGACACUGGAUGUCACAGAUGAAGGCGGACGGUAAAGUACCAAUGCCAGCAGAGGUGUUAAAGCUUGCGAGGCAAGACUUUGUUGCGGAAAGGGUAUCUGAUGAAGAGACACUCGAGACGAUUCAAAGGUACUUUAAGGCAAACUCGUACAUUGCGGACCCGCAUACCGCGGUUGGCCUCCACGCUGCAGACAAGCUGCCUGAAGCAACAGACGACACAAUCGUCCAGAUCGUGCUGUCUACGGCACACCCAGCCAAAUUUUCAGAAGCUGUCACCAAGGCCCUACAGACAGAGUCGAGCUUCAAUUUUGAGGAGCAGGUGCUCCCUCCCGAGUUCAAGGGACUCUUAAACCUUCCUAGGAGGGUCAUAGAGGUCGAAAGACCAGAGGCUGAGCAGGUCAAGCGUGUCAUCGAGCAGGUUAUGGCCGCUGACGCAAAAAACCUGGGCACGGAAGCCUUAUAA